UUUCGUUUGGGACGCAGAAGGAGAAAGAGAUUAUCGGAGGUUUUGUUAUCGGAUUCAAGAGAAUUCAGGUUGCAUUGGCGAAGAUUUCACCAACUAAAGAGCGCAAAUUGAUAGUAUCUGGUGAGCCCUGCAUUGCUUCGCCUGGCAAUAAGAAAAGCAACUUCAUGAUCAUGGAGAAACAAAUUAUCCAAGAUCAACCACAACCACAACAAGAAACCCUAAAAUGCCCUCGUUGUGAUUCAUCAAAUACCAAGUUUUGUUACUACAACAAUUAUAGUUUGUCUCAGCCAAGACAUUUUUGCAAAUCUUGUAAAAGGUAUUGGACUAGAGGUGGAACCCUAAGAAAUGUCCCUUUGGGUGGUACCUCUAGGAAAAACAAAAAAAUCAAGAAACCAAAAUUUGUUACAUCUUCUACAAAUCUUGGUCCUAAUUUUCAUGAACCCCAAGUUGUUGUUGAUCAUACUAAUCCUUUGUUUAAUUAUGGAUUACCCACUAACCCUUUUGAUCUAAACAUCCAAUUUCCAAGAUUGUUCAAUUUUUCUAGGGUUUCCAAUAAUGAAAAUCUUGGAUUAGGGUUUUCUAACGGAUUUAAGAAGAUCCAAGAUGCUGUGACUAGUACUAACUCUAGUUCUUCACUUCUAUCAAGUUACCCUACUUUAAUUAGAUCUUCUUUAAUAUCUAGCUCAAAUUCAAAUUUGGCCUCCCUUAUAACUCCUAGCCUUCAUCAACAAAACUUCAUUACCAACAAUAAUGACAAGUUUCAAGAUUCUAAUUACCAUGAGCUAAACAAUGAUAAUCCUUUUCUUUCUUGGGCUGGUGAUUAUGUUGAUCCUUCAAAUUUAGGGUCUUCACUCCCUUCUCUCAUCUAAGGUAAGAAAAAUAUUUGUUACUCUUUUUUACUGAAAAAUAUUUGUAUCUCUUUUUUACUAUCUCCCUCCUAUUUUAAUAGUAACAUUGGUCAUCCCUAGGUAUAUAAUUUUUGAUUUGGUUUUCUCUCUUCCCUUCUCCAGUCUUGGAGCAACGAUAAUUUAUCUUCGUCCGAUCGAUAUCACGAGAUCGAAAGAUAGAUCUUGCCUCAAUUACACCCCUUUGGAGUGCAAUCCCUUCUCAAACUCUACUUGAAUAUGAGAUGUUUUAUGCAUCGAUCUUCCAUUUUUUCUUUCUUUCUUUCUUUCUUUCUUUCUUUCUUUCUUUCUUUCUUUCUUUCUUUGCUUCUUUCAAAUGUCAAGGUUGAUGGAAAGAUUUACCCAAAGUAAGAAGAGAAACGACAUGACUUAACAUGGAUGAUCAUGGUGUCUGAGUCAACUUGGGGUAUAUUCGACUAUUCUAUCGAAUAUCUGUUACUCUUCAUCAAUACAGUCAUCGGUAAAUUCUAUAUAUCAAAAUUCAGAUGGUUGGCAAAAUAUCAUACAACAUGAUCUUUGAAUCUUGGUCACCCACAUGGUGAUGGGAUCGGAGUUUAGUUCAUUGUUUACUAUAUGUAUAUAGUAUAUAUCAUAGAGGAAUAGUUACCCUUGAUUAUUUUUUUCUAAUACAUUUUCUAGUUUAUAUAGGGGCAAAAGAUUGGGUAUAGGGAGAUCUUGUUUUGCAAUUUGACUAUCAAUUUAUUAUAAAGUUGGUCAUGCUUAUUUCUUGUAUAUUUUGUUCAUUGUUUAUGCUAGUUUUAUCAUUCAUGUUAAAUUAAUGAAUUUAGUUAGCUUUCAUGUUAUCCC